AUGUAUUGCAACUACUUUGGAAACUCCUGUGGGAGCUAUGGCUGUGGCCUGGGCUAUGGCUAUGGGUAUGGCUCCCUCUACGGCUGUGGCUACUAUGGUUCUGGAUAUGGCUGUGGCUAUGGUUCCAGAUAUGGCUGUGGCUAUGGUUCCGGAUAUGGCUGUGGAUAUGGUCCCAGAUAUGGCUGUGGCUAUGGCUCUGGAUAUGGCUGUGGAUAUGGUUCCGGAUAUGGCUGUGGAUAUGGUCCCAGAUAUGGCUGUGGCUUUGGCUCCAGAUAUGGCUGUGGCUAUGGAUCUUCUUUCUGUGGUUACCGUCCUGUUGUCUACAGGAGAUGCUAUUCUUCUUGCUGCUAA